AUUUCUCAUAUUGGAAAGCUGAAAGAUUUUCUUCUGCAACACAGAAAGGAUUACAUUAAUGCUUACAGCCAUAUUAUGUCUGAGUAUGUGAGGAUGACAGAUACAGAACGUGAUCAGAUAGAUCAAGAUGCUCAGAUAUUUAUGAGGACAUGUGCCGAUGCCAUUCAUCAGCUGAGAACAGAAGCACACAAGGGUGUCCAGUCUGCUCAGGUAAAGGAGCACAGAACAGCUGUCUUGGACUUCAUUGAAGAUUACUUAAAAAGAGUGUGUAAGCUGUAUUCUGAACAAAGAGCCAUCCGAGUUAAGCGAGUGAUAGAUAAGAAGAGACUGUCCAGACUUGAACCUGAGCAGAGCAAUGUGUCCAAAUCGCCUCUUUCCCCUGAAAAAUCUUCACAGAAUCCUUUAGAUGAUUCUGAAGAAAAACUUUCUGCUGAGGAAAGCAAAGACAGGAAUCUGCCUGAUGCCCAAAGUAACCUUGGAGUAUGGGGGGACGGCAAAGGUGAAGACGAGCUGUCACCUGAAGAAAUACAAAUGUUCGAACAGGAGAACCAGAGACUUGUUGGUGAAAUGAAUAAUCUCUUUGAUGAAGUCAGACAAAUUGAAGGAAAAGUGGUGGAAAUCUCCAGACUACAAGAGAUAUUCACUGAAAAGGUCUUGCAACAGGAAACUGAUAUUGACAAUAUCCAUCAGUUAGUUGUGGGUGCAACAGAGAAUAUCAAAGAAGGCAACGAAGACAUAAGAGAGGCCAUCAAAAACAAUGCUGGAUUUAGAGUAUGGAUCCUGUUCUUCCUUGUGAUGUGUUCAUUUUCUUUGCUUUUCCUGGACUGGUAUGAUAAUUAAUUAAAAAUGUAAUACUGUCUACAUGCUUUGUUUGUAA